UCCGACACUUCCGGAUCCCGCACACCGAUCUCUGCACCGAUCCACAAUGGAGGAGGAGGAGCUGCGGGUCAUCAGCGGGCUGAAGGAGCGAGUGAUCGAACAAUAUGAAGAGCUCCGGACAGAAAAUGAGAAAACCAAAGAUGAGUUCGACAAGGUUAAGCAGGAGCGCGACGAGGCCGUCAGAAAGCUGGAGGAAUUCAGCAAAAUCUCCCAUAUGGUCAUCGAGGAGGUCGGCUUCAUACAGAACAAUCUGGAGAUCGAGAAGUCGUGCCGGGAAAGCGCAGAGGCCCUGGCGUCAAAGCUGAACAAGGAAAACAAGAAUCUGAAACGGAUUAGCAUGUUGUACAUGGCCAAACUGGGUCCAGAGGUCAUUACUGAGGAGAUCAGCCUGGAUGACGAAGACACCCCUUCUGACAGCGACAGCGGGGAAGUAUGCACGUCCCUUGACUGUCAGCAGAAAGUAAAAGGUCUCCAUGAACAGGUCCUGUCUGCCCAGGAGGAGAAGAAGGCCGUCUCUCUAGAGCUGGAGGAGCUGCGAUCUCGACUUGUGGACCUCAUACAAGAGGUGAAUGCUACCAAAAAAGAAAAUGUCAUGCUGACCAAAGAAGUAUUUGACCAGCGUAAGCUUCUAGAAAAGUACAAUAGAGUGUCUGUCCUGGCGGUGGAGGAAUAUGAAGAUCUACAGAACAGCUUAGAAAUGGAGAAGGACCUGCGUGAGAGAGCAGAGACACUGGCCCGGGAGAUGAUCAUCGAACAGAAUAAACUGAAGCGACAGAGCUGUCUUCUGCUGCAGGAGUGCGCCCCGAGCGAGCAGAUGCUGAAUGCGCUGGAGGAGAACGCCAGGCUGACCGGACUGCUGGAGGAAAGCCGCACACAGCAUCAGCAAAAGGUGAAGGAGUUGGAGGAUCAGUUGGCAGAGGACCGACUUAGGAAGGAGAUUCAGAGUCUGAAGAAGCAGCUGGAGAUAAUGGAGGAGGAAAAGAAGGAUCUGGAGGUGAAGCUGUUCAGUUCAGAGUCAUUAGUAAAAGACCUGAAACACUCAGUGCAAGAGCUCCAGAAACGAGUACAUCAGGCUGAGAAUCCGGCACCUCCUCCUCCGCCACCGCCGCCACCUCUCCCGCCUCCUCUGCCGGUUAACCCCAUCCGGUCCCUCAUGUCCAUUAUUCGGAAGAAGCCCUCGCAGGCGAGCAGCGCCGCGAAGAAGGAAAUUGCCUCCCAGUCAGAGUCCGGGAAUGUUGAUGAUCUGAAGCGGCUGGCAGUGGAUGAGAUGAUGAAUCGAAUUAAGAGGGGGGUCCAUUUGCGUCCUGUCCAGCAGACGGUGCGAAUAAAGAGCCAGCAGGAGCCUCCAGUGGCAGCAGCGCCACCCGCCGGAUGUGAGGAGGAAGUGAUGACACAGCCGGAGGUGAAACCUCAGAGCAGUGCCGUCCAGGAGCUCCGGGGUAUGUUGAAUACCAUCAGCUCUUCAACCAGUCAGAGGAGACAUGGCACCAUCAGCACAGCCUCCACCGAAACAGAACUUGAGAGGAUUCUGCGGCGCCGCAAAGUGACGACAGAUCAAGAUGCAUCCACGGGACCCCUGACCUCCACCGAAUCCAAGUCAAUGCCAGUCCUGGGCUGCUUGACCAACUCACCCCUACGCCAGAAGGGCAGAAACGCUGAAUCCGAGAUGCAGUGUGGACACCCGACAUCACAGAUACAGGGUGCCAACAAACCUAUCCACAUAAAGCAGACAUCGCAGUCUGCGGAGGCCCUGCGGAGCUCUAUAGAGAAGGCAGACACUACAGGAAGCACAUCGGGUAUUGCACUGAGGGCUGCGCAAAACGGCGACACCGGACCCAUUAAUGGUGAAAAACUGGCCAACCCGCGGGGGAAGGAUGAGGACAGUUCUAAUUGCUAGUAAGGACAAUAAACGUCGGAAAUUCUGUCUACUUUCUCCUUGUCCACCUCAGGAAGGUGACAUCACCCCUUUCACCUGGUGCCUGAACCGUGCGACGCCUGGGGCCUGUCACCGCACACGCACAAUGUACAGCACAACUACCUGCACUGCACCUUUGACACCCGGCACCAACUUUUCUCUGUCUGGUAUUGGCGGCGUGUCUAGAAGCACAGAGUGUGGUGAUUUGAUUUGUUGCGACGCCUUUUUCAUCUCAGUUUCUGGGUCUGUGUUCAUUACACCCCCUGACAGAUUCACAAAUACUCUGCUUGAUCUGACAUAAUAUUAAUGGAGGCUCAUUAUUGUACGGCAGAACAGGUUAGUCCAGUCUGCCACCAAUCCUAAAUCAUAUGAGGGCAUUUUCGAUUGGGCCCCAGAGAAAUGACUGCACAUGGUGGGCAGAUUGCCAGGUGGGGAGGAGUAAAUGGAUGGGAUACAAGAUUUCCCAGAAUGCAAUGCACACUAGCCAAUAAGGCCCUUCCAUCACCUUGGCCGGGUCAGUCUUCUAUAUCUGGUUUGCUGAUCGCCACCAUUAGUAUUUGUUGGAUCUGACAUGCUUUUGUGAAUUUGGCUUGUCGCUCUCAAUCUUUAUUGAUGGAGAUAAAGGGCUGAAAUGCCAUUUUACAUUGAGAGACCCGUGUUUUAGGGUGACAGCGUCUCUCGUCAUGUGACAUGGGGUGGGGUGUCAGUUACCCCGAUCACAUCAUGUCAUUCUGCUGAGUGAGUGGCUCCGGAGGGUUCCAUAGACGGGACAGAUAUUCAGGAUUUCACUGUGUGUCAUUUACUGCCAUUCUCUACAUGAAAAUCUUAAUAUUCCUUUUUGUUUGUGUGAUGAAAUAUGGAGACCGCCUGCAACACGCUGCUGUGAGAUCGGAAAAACUGGCAGCCAAAUGUGUCAUUUACCCAGAAGCCUCUUCUGCUCCCGGAGAUGGUUUCUUGCUUAGAAGAUUAUAUAUUUACUUUCCGCCAUACAUUACGCUGUAUACUGCACUGCAUGGAUCUCAUAUAAUGUACACUACAUGAUUGCAGCAACAAACCUUUUACACCCCGCCCCCCAUGCUACAUAUCUGCACCGCACAGCAGUAAUACCCCCUCGUUAAAUCCUCUCACAGUCUUGGAUUUAGUUGCAUUGCAUGGUUAGUUAGUAUACAUUGUGAUGGAUACAGAGGACAAUGCAGAGCUGUCUGCCUCGGGAAAUGCUGAACACAACUUCAGCCUCCUCACUACAAGUCCAACGUACCAGAAAUCUUCCUCUUCAUACUACACGAGUCCAUCAUACAAGUACCCCACAUCCUCAUCUCCACACUACAGGUAUCCCACAUCCUCAUCUCCACACUACAUGAGUCCAACAUACAGGUAUCCCACAUCCUCCUCUCCACACUACAUGAGUCCAACAUACAGGUAUCCCACAUCCUCAUCUCCACACUACAGGUAUCCCACAUCCUCAUCUCCACACUACAGGUAUCCCACAUCCUCAUCUCCACACUACAUGAGUCCAACAUACAGGUAUCC